AUGUCAGGCCCAAAAGAAGAUGCCAACAAGGAGAAGGAGAUGUGUGGCAUGCAAUCAUUGAACGGCCAAGGCAGCCUGGACUCCAACAGGGAGGAUGACAGAGCAACUCUCAUCCUGACCCUCACACUCUACAAUGUGAGGAAGAUGGAGCUCUCUAAGGCAGCCGCAGUCUUUGAGAUGUUUGAAACUCAAAUCUGUCACUUUGAAACCCGUCGAGCCAAAAAGCCCAAGAACUCUGUGGAUGAUCUUGACAUUUUUGUUGAAUGCGAAGUUCACAGUGCUGAUGUUGGUAUCCUUAUCACCUCCUUAAAGAGAGUAGCAAAGGAUGUGAAAACCAGCAGAGAAGACAAAGUGCCCUGGUUCCCCAGAAAAAUCCAGGAUCUGGACAAGUGUCACCAUCUGAUCACUAAAUAUGACUCCAGUUUGGACCAUGGUCACCCUGGAUACUCUGACCUGGAGUACAACAAGAGGAGGGCGUUCUUUGCCGACCUGGCCUUGAAUUACAGAGCAGGAGAUCCUUUACCUCACAUUGAGUACACAGCACAGGAAACAGCAACCUGGAAAGAAGUCUACAGGAAGCUGAGGAGCCUUUACCCUACUCAUGCCUGUGCCCAGUACCUGGAUGCUUUCCAGCAGCUCGAGAAGCACUGCAGCUACCGAGAGGAUAACAUCCCUCAGCUUCAGGAUGUCUCCAGAUUUUUAAAAGAGAGAACAGGUUUCCAGCUGAGACCUGCUGCAGGACAGCUGUCUGCUCGUGACUUCCUUGCCAGCCUGGCAUUUCGUGUCUUUCAGUGCACACAGUAUACAAGGCAUUCCUCUUCUCCUAUGCAUUCCCCAGAACCAGACUGCUGCCAUGAGUUGUUGGGUCAUGUUCCCAUGCUGGCUGACAGGGAUUUUGCCCAGUUCUCACAGGAUAUUGGACUGGCUUCUCUUGGAUCAUCUGAAGAGGAGAUUGAGAAACUGGCCACACUUUACUGGUUUACUGUGGAGUUUGGCCUCUGCAAGCAAAAUGGAUUGAUCAAGGCUUACGGGGCAGGACUGCUUUCAUCUUAUGGGGAGCUGAUGUAUGCUUUGUCAAACAAGCCAGAGCACAAGCCUUUUGACCCAGAAGUGACUGCAGUUCACCCCUACCAGGAUCAAGCCUUCCAGCCUGUCUAUUUCAUAGCAGAAAAUCUGGAAGAUGCCAAGGUUAAGUUUCAGAACUACGCGAUGAAGAUCAAGAAGCCUUUUGCUCUGCACUAUGACCCCUUCACCAGCAGCAUAGAGGUUUUGAACACACCACAGAAAGUCAAGAGGGCACUCCACCAGAUAAAAGAGGAACUGGGAAACUUCUGCUUGGCCCUUGAAAACCUCUCUUAAAACCACAGUAGUACAUCUCACCUUUCACUGAGAUACUUGUAGGUCGCUAGCACUCGAAGGCUUUGUGAUGAAGUUGUACUUGCAGG